GCGGGGUUGGUGAGGACCUCAAUUCACAUCCUGUGCUUCCCUCCCUCCGUGAUCUGCGUUUGCUAUCAUUGGCGGUGAGAAGUGAUAUAACCUGCAAGGCGUGGGAGGAUCCCCUGAAUGAUAAGCAUUAAUAAUAAACACAGAGUCUCAUGUCAUUUCUCUCCUCGGUGUUACUCUCCAUCACGACAACCAUCUUGCAUAGAAAUCACAGGAGAUUCCCGGCGGCAACGUGCUUAUCGACUUCCAUCUGUUCACUUGAUUAAUAUCACCAAACCAACUCACCAAGAUGGCCCUCCCAACCCUCUCCAAAGCCGACCUCAUUGCCCUCUCCGAAACAGAUGUAACCCAACCCAUCCCCAAAGAAUCUAUCUUUGCCGCCCUCGCCACCCCACCCUUCCUCUACAUCCCCGGCACCUUUAACACGCGCGACCUCGGCCUCCUCCCCUUAUCUUCUAGUUCCUCCAGUGGCAAAGGUCGCAAAGUCGGAAUUCGCCCAGGCCUCAUCUACCGCUCCGGCGGCUUCUUUCCCAAUGGCGGCUUCAACGACGCUGCCAAGACGCAACUGGCAAAGCAGCUCGGCAUCAAAAAGAUCUUUGAUAUCCGUUCCGUAAGGGAACACAGUCAUGCCCCCGACCCGGAGAUUGCAGGGGUAAAAAACUACUGGAUCGCCGCGGAAGCCACGGAAAAAGAAGCGACCGUUAAUCUUGCCGAUUUCCUCGAGGGCAAAGGAGAAAGGGGGUACGUGAAGAUGUAUAUGGACGUUCUACGGGGGUAUGAGGAGGUUAUUGGUGCUUUGUUAAGGAGUCUGUUAGAUGCUCCUGAAAAUCAAAAACCGGAGCCGAUAUUAUUCCACUGCACGGCGGGACGGGAUAGGACCGGUGUGGUUGCUGGAUUGCUCCUAAGCUUGGCGGGGGUGAGUGAGGAGGACGUGGAGAUGGAUUGGAUGUUGAGUCGGAUCGGAACGGAGUUGGCGAGGGAGCAACUUUUGGGGUUUGCGAUGAAGGGAGCUGGAGCCAGGAGUGUGGAGAGCCCGGGGUUUGAGAAUUUGGUGUCUUUGAAGAGGGAGUGUUGGAGGGCUUUUGUGAGGGAGGUUAAGAGGGUGUAUGGUGGAUGGGAAGGGUAUGUGAGGGGGGUGUUGGGGUUGAGUGAGGGGGAGGUGGAAAGGAUUGGGAGGGUUUUGAGGGGGGAAUAA